UUAUUUUUUUUCCUCCUCCAUGUUCUUCUCUUCUUCCUCCUCUUCUUUCUGCUUCCAUCCUUCCUUCCUCCCAAUCUCCCAAAUUCCCCUCCCCCCAAGUUGUUUGCGUACUUCAAGUGGCUUCUUUCGAAUUCUGAACUGGGUCUCGAUCUUCUUGAGUCGAGUCCUCAGCUCCAAUCACCAUAACUGUGGCUGCUCAACUCUCUCUCUCUUCUCUUUCCUUUUCAUCUGUGGGUCUUCUUCAGCUCCUUUUAUGAAUUGAAUCCCAACCCCUCCUGUCAAAAUCUCAAAUUUCUUGCUUCUUCCUUCUGGAUCUUCUGAUUUGUGAACUGGGCAUCAGUCUUCUCGAUUCCUUGUCCAGUCGAUUCCUGCAGCCCGAAAAAAUCUCGACUUUUUCUAUUAUCUUUCUUAUGGGAGUCGUGGUCUAUGAAGUGGUUGCCGUUCUUCUUGAUCCCAUGUUUGUUUGACUUCCCGAGAAUCAGAGCCUUCUGGUGAAGAAAAUCUCGGGUCUUUGUUGGUUGGUUCCAUGUUAGAGCUUUGUGAUUGAGGCCUGUUCUUGGCGUGAAGAUUUUGUGAGGGUCUUCUUCCUUGGGAGAUAAAUCUGAGCAACGGCAAGGGAACCAUGUCGACGUCGACCUGGAAGUCCGGCGAGUCGGUCUCCGAGCAGUUCCCGGCAGGCCUCCGCGUACUCGUGGUGGACGAUGAUCCCACGUGUCUUAAGAUAGUCGAGAAGAUGCUCAAGACCUGCAAUUAUGAAGUUACAACGUGCAAUCGAGCAGAGAAGGCAUUGGCGUUGCUGCAGGCGCACAGGAACGGGUUUGAUAUCGUGAUCAGCGACGUUCACAUGCCUGACAUGGACGGGUUCAAGCUCCUUGAGCGCAUCGGGCUUGAGAUGGAUCUUCCAGUCAUAAUGAUGUCAGCGGAUGACGGGAAACAAGUAGUGAUGAAGGGUGUCACCCAUGGAGCCUGUGAUUACCUCAUCAAGCCAAUAAGGAUUGAGGAGCUAAAGAACAUAUGGCAACACGUGGUUCGGAAAAGAAAGAACGAGUGGAAGGAGCUGGAGCAGUCCACGAGCAUCGAAGAUGGUGUGGACCGGGCCCACAAGCAGUCUGAGGAUGCGGACUACUCUUCCUCAGCAAACGAGGGUGGGAACUGGAAGAGCUCAAAGAGGAGGAAGGAUGAGGAGGACGAGCUCGAGGAGAGGGACGACACCUCCACCCUGAAGAAGCCCCGCGUGGUAUGGUCAGUGGAGCUCCACCAGCAGUUCGUGGCUGCUGUGAAUCAACUUGGGAUAGACAAGGCUGUUCCGAAGAAAAUUCUCGAGUUGAUGAAUGUUCCUGGCCUGACUAGGGAAAACGUUGCUAGCCACCUACAGAAAUACCGACUCUACCUUAGAAGACUAAGUGGGGUGUCACAACAUCAGGGUGGAGUUAGCAAUUCCUUCAUGGGGACCCAGGAUGCAACUUUCAGCCCAAUCUCAUCCCUUACCGGGCUCGAUCUCCAAACCCUAGCUGUCACAGGCCAACUUCCUCCCCAGAGCCUUGCCACACUCCAGGCGGUGGGCUUUGCUCGGCCUUCUCCUAAAUCUGGCCUGUCUAUACCAAUGAUCGACCAGAGGAAUCUUUUCAGCUUUGACAACUCGAAAUUUAAGUUUGGAGAAGGUCAGGGUCAGCAGCAGCAGCAGCAACCCAACCUCGGGAACAACAAGCAGCUGAACUUGCUUCAUGGAAUCCCGACUACUAUGGAGCCAAAGCAGCUCGCGAAUCUCCACCAGUCUUUGGAGAACAUAAGUAACAUGCAGGUCCCAGUAUCCCAGGGCAACUCCAUACUGAUGCACAGAGGAACAGCCCGGCUUCCUCCCAAUGUGGGCCAGCCCGUUACAUCAAAUGGGCUUCCAGGCGGGCUCUUGCCAAGAAACGGACAUGCUGAGAAUGGGAGAGGGGCUGGAGGUUACACAAAUCCCGUCCCGCAGACAACUUCAUCAGCUGCUCUGACUUUUCCUUUGAAUCAUGGGACGGAAUUACCAGGCACUAAUAGUUUCCCUCCACUUGGGAGCCCUCCAGGGAUUCAAAGCUUGACACACAAGGGCCAGUUCCCGCAGGAUAUAACUGUAAAUUCAGAAAUCAAAGGGUCGACAGCUGGAGGGUUUAUCCCAGGCUAUUAUGUGCUCAACGACCUGCAACAGCUUCGUUCACACGAUUGGGAGCUGCAGAACGUGGGUUUGAAUUUUGACUCUCCACAGAGUGCAAGUUCUUUACCGGGAAGCCUUGAGAGUGCCUCUUCUUCAUUGUAUGUUCAGCAAGGAAUUUCAAGGAGUGGGCCUUUGAGGAAUUCAUCCAGUGGAGGGAGCAAACCAAGUUUUCCGGUGGAAGGAACUCAUAAUCAGAACCUUGGCAGCAUUGUCAAUAGUUCAGUGAGAAUAAAGUCCGAGAAUGUUGUGGAUGCAGGCUGUCCGAGUACACUAUAUCCCGAGCAUUUUGGUCAGGAGGAUCUCAUGAGCGCGCUUCUCAAGCAGCAAGAAGGCAUUGGUCCUGGAAAUCCUGAUUUCGACUUUGAUGGCUAUAACAUAGACAACAUUCCUGUCUAGCAAGCUUCCACGCUCUUCCCAACUGCAUCACUGUUUGCAUUACCCGAUGAUGUACAUAGGCACGAUUCAUGGACGAUGUUCUCCUCUUCAGAGAAAUUUCAAAAACCCAAUUCUUGAUUCGGGUCAUUGUGGGUGCCAUGCUUCUAUUAUAUGCUGGUCUGGAUCAGUCCUUCAUGACCACCGAAUUCAUGAACCGUCUAGCCCAAGCGGUUCCAUUGAAGAUUGAUGAUAUUUUAUGGAUCGAUCAGGGGAGGUAUUGCUGCAUGAUAUGCAAAGGCAUGCAUGCUUUAGGUUUUUCUUCAGUCUUAUUUCCGUGUUGAUCGACUGCUGUUUCCAAUAGAAGAUACUCUCUCUAGCAAGGAAGGAAAGAACUAAUGUAGGGUUGCUUGUUCCAGUUUGUUGGUUCGUUGGUCGGUUUUCUAGGCUCUUCUGCUUAGUCAAGUCGAGGCUCUUUUAACACUAAUAAUGCCCAUUGGAUGCAUUAGAUUUUUCGUGAUUCUCAAUCCUCGGUUCCCCUUUGUUUCUUUUCCACUUUCUUUUGAGGUUGUAGUUUCCUACUUGUGUACAUAAUCACUCUAUUUAAGCGCUCUUUGGACAUGAACUUGGUUUUGAUAUUUUGAUAUAUGAAUAUUCUUUGUUGAAUGUUUA